AUGUCCAGUUGGCUUGAAAGGGGACAUGGAGGAGUGGCCGUUAAGCGUUGGGGUGAUGUGAUGUCUGGUGUUUCCAUUGCCGCGAUGUGGGAGUGGCCUGCUUGGACUUGGGCCAUUCUUCUCCUGCUCAAGUGGGCAGCCAAGGCUAGAGGCCGCGCAGAAGAUACUCCAGUCGGUACUUGA